GAAGUCCGGCGGCGGCGCCCCUGCCGGGCCCCUGAGGGGACGAGGACGACGACGACGACGACGACGAGGAAGCGGCGGCGGCUGAGGCGGCGGUGGCGGCUCCGCUUCCCCUUCCCCGGUCGGUCCGGCAGCAGUAUCACAGCAGCUGUUUUGGGCAUCCUGCCGUCUGCCGCGCCAGUCUCCUACGCAGAAUUUGCCGCGCUGAGGCUUCGGUGCAACCUUGGUAAAUCAUGUCUGAUAACGGCGAGCUGGAAGACAAACCCCCCGCGCCCCCCGUCCGGAUGAGCAGUACCAUUUUUAGCGCAGGAGGCAAAGACCCCCUGUCAGCAAACCACAGCUUGAAACCUCUGCCCUCGGUGCCGGAGGAGAGGAAACCUCGCCAUAAAAUCAUCUCCAUCUUCUCCGGCAAUGAGAAAGGAAAUAAGAAAAAGGAAAAGGAGCGGCCAGAAAUCUCUCCCCCGUCGGAUUUUGAGCACACCAUCCACGUGGGGUUUGAUGCCGUUACCGGAGAAUUCACUGGAAUGCCAGAACAAUGGGCUCGGUUGCUGCAGACUUCAAAUAUCACGAAGCUGGAGCAGAAGAAGAAUCCCCAAGCCGUGCUGGACGUCCUGAAGUUCUACGACUCCAACACGGUGAAGCAGAAAUACCUGAGCUUCACUCCCCCGGAAAAAGAUGGGUUCCCUUCAGGCACGCCCAUGCUGAACGCCAAAGGGUCCGAGCCCUCGACCGUGGUGACGGAAGACGACGACGACGACGACGACGAAGAAGCCCCUCCUCCGGUUAUCGCUCCCAGACCGGAUCAUACAAAAUCGAUUUACACCCGCUCCGUGAUCGACCCCAUUCCCGCACCGGCCGGCGACUCCAACGUCGAUGGCGCCGCCAAGUCUUCGGACAAACAGAAGAAGAAGACCAAGAUGACGGACGAAGAGAUUAUGGAGAAACUAAGAACUAUAGUCAGCAUAGGUGACCCCAAGAAAAAAUACACCAGAUAUGAAAAAAUUGGGCAGGGGGCUUCAGGUACAGUUUUCACAGCCACUGAUGUGGCGUUAGGGCAAGAGGUUGCCAUCAAACAAAUAAAUUUGCAGAAGCAGCCCAAGAAAGAAUUGAUCAUUAAUGAAAUUUUGGUGAUGAAAGAACUGAAGAACCCCAACAUAGUCAAUUUCUUAGACAGUUACCUGGUGGGAGACGAGCUGUUUGUGGUGAUGGAGUACCUGGCCGGAGGAUCGCUCACCGACGUGGUAACGGAGACGUGCAUGGAUGAAGCCCAGAUCGCUGCCGUGUGCCGAGAGUGUUUACAGGCCCUGGAAUUUCUCCACGCCAAUCAAGUGAUCCACAGGGACAUCAAGAGCGACAAUGUGCUUUUGGGCAUGGAGGGAUCAGUUAAACUCACCGACUUUGGUUUUUGUGCUCAGAUCACCCCAGAGCAGAGUAAGCGAAGCACCAUGGUCGGAACGCCUUAUUGGAUGGCACCUGAAGUGGUCACCCGGAAAGCCUACGGGCCCAAAGUGGACAUUUGGUCACUCGGGAUCAUGGCGAUUGAGAUGGUGGAAGGAGAACCCCCGUACCUCAAUGAAAACCCCCUGAGGGCCUUGUAUUUGAUAGCAACUAAUGGAACCCCAGAACUUCAGAACCCAGAGAAACUCUCCCCGAUAUUCCGUGAUUUCCUAAAUCGGUGUUUGGAAAUGGACGUAGAGAAGAGGGGCUCUGCCAAAGAACUGUUACAGCAUCCCUUCCUGAAACUGGCUAAACCUCUGUCUAGCCUGACGCCGCUAAUCAUGGCAGCCAAAGAAGCAAUGAAGAGUAAUCGUUAACAUCCUCGUCAUGGCCUUCAUCUUCCUUUUGUUUAAAAAGAAUCUUUAUAAUAUAUUAAAUUGAUGCUCUUUUUAGGGUUUUGCAAGAAAUUUUCUACAAA